UCGCAGUCGACCUUCAUACUUACUGGCCGCCCUCCCCUGCUUCUGAAUAUCUGUCUUCACGCAACUUGCCAAGAGGUCACUUCUAGACAGUAUCUUGUCAGGAUCUCGUACGUCGAGUCAUCCGCCGAGAGUGGAUGCGACUGUGUUCCCCACCAUUCAAAGCCUCUCGAUCCUGUACUAUAGCCAGUCUUCUCAUUCGCAAAAAGCAUACAACAAUGGCAAACGCGGCCGUUAACAGGACUGCACAUGUGUUCGAACGCUCGCGACUGGAGUCGUUGCUAUUCGGACGAUUUUUCUAUGCUCCCGCGUUCGACAUCUAUGGAGGUGUAAAGGGUUUGUAUGACUUCGGCCCGCCGGGCUCGAGUUUACAGAGCAACAUCAUCGCAGAAUGGCGGAAACACUUCAUCGUCCAAGAACACAUGCUCGAGCUUGAUACUACUGUCAUCACUCCCGCGCCCGUGUUCGAGACAUCUGGCCAUGUCGCACGAUUUGCAGACUGGAUGGUCAAGGACGUACUGACCGGCGAGGUCCUCCGGGCGGACCAUCUGGUCAAAAAUGUCUUGGAAGAUCGACUCGACAGGGAUCGUCAGGCGAGAGAUCCUGCGUAUCAGCCACCAAAGGAAGAUGACAAGGCAAAGAAAAAGAAGGCCAAAAAGGAGAAGGCGAAGCCUGUGCCUGUCAAGCUGCCCGAUGAAGUGGUGGCCGAGUACGAAAACAUCCUCGCUCAGUUGGACAACUACGGCGGGCCCGCGUUGGGCGAGCUUUGCCGGAAGCACAAGAUCACCAACCCGGACACUGAUAACGAGGUGACGGAGCCGCAGAUGUUCAAUCUAAUGUUCAAAACCAGCAUCGGCCCCACGGGGGAUGUGGCAGGCUACCUCCGACCCGAGACGGCACAGGGUCACUUCCUGAAUUUCAGUCGGCUGCUGGCGUUCAACAAUGGCACACUCCCGUUCGCGUCAGCGCAGAUCGGGCGCUCGUUCCGCAAUGAAAUUUCCCCGCGUUCUGGGCUUCUGCGCGUGCGCGAGUUCACGAUGGCGGAGAUCGAGCACUUCGUGGACCCGGAGGACAAGAGCCACGCGGGCUUCGCCGAGGUGCGGGAUGUCGAGUUGGACCUGCUCGACAAGCACGUCCAGGAGUCCGGAAGCACGAAGGUGACGAGGCUGAGUGUCGGGGCAGCAGUGGACCAGGGCACGAUCGCUAAUGAGACGCUGGGUUACUUCCUCGCGCGCAUCUACCUGUUCCUGACCAAGAUCGGGAUCAACCCUAAGCGGCUGCGCUUCCGACAACACAUGGCGAAUGAAAUGGCGCACUACGCGACGGAUUGUUGGGAUGCGGAAAUAGAGAACUCGUACGGCUGGACGGAGUGCGUCGGGUGCGCGGAUCGCGCGGCGUACGACCUGACGGUGCACUCCGACAAGACCGGACAUCCGCUCACUGUCAAGCAGCAGCUAGCUGAGCCCAUUGUGACAGAGCGAGAGGUCGCAGAGCCGAACAUGCGCCUGUUUGGCAAGACGUUCGGUGGAAGCACGCCCAUCGUGACCGGAUUGCUGAACGCCAUGGACGAUGCGCAGCUGUUGAAGCUCAAAGGGGAACUGGCGCAAGGCGUUACCCUCGUGUCGAAUGAGGGCAAGGAGUUCAAGCUCACGCCAGAACUUCUCACUAUUGAGCGUAAGACACUGAAGCAGACGACGCGCGAGUUCACGCCGAACGUCAUUGAACCUUCCUUUGGGUUAGGACGAAUUCUUUAUUGCCUGUUGGAGCACAGCUUCUGGAGUCGAGAACAGGACGUUGGGCGUGGGGUUCUCUCGCUACCGGCCCUAGUGGCUCCCACCAAGGUUUUGAUCGUGCCAUUGAGCAGCAAGAAGGAGCUGUCGCCUCUCGUUACGGAGAUAACUGCGAAGCUGCGCAAGGCGGGCGUGUUCUCUCGUGUGGACGACUCGAGCCAGUCGAUUGGCAAGCGGUACGCACGGAACGACGAGCUGGGCACGCCGUUUGGUAUCACGGUCGAUUUUGCCUCUGUGCAAAACCGGACGGUCACGCUGCGGGAGCGUGACACGACAGUACAGCUCAUCGGGCCUGUCGACGACGUGAUCGCGACGGUGAGUGAACUCGUGGACGAGACCAUCGACUGGGCGGACGCGUGCAAGCGGCUCGCGAUCUAUGACGGAGUGCAGGCGGUAGAGUAA